AAAAGUAAAAUUCGAUGUUGAAAGCUACCAUUCAAAGCCACUGUUGCCAUGGUGAAGACGCUACACGUGCAUCAACCAAAAUACAAUCAAAAUGGCUGCGGUUCUCCAUCGAACUCCAGAUGUUGCAGGCAUGGAUGUACCUUUAAAGAACCCAGUUAUAAAACCAUAUUACCGAGAUGGCUUCGGCAGUAAGUCAAUAGGGGAGCCAGAGUGGAGGCCACAUCCCAGAAACGCUCUCUCUGUGCCUGGUAGACUUGAUAACACCGCAAAAGGGGGCAAUGGUCUUGACUGGACUUCGAGUAUUCGUUGUGCACCUUUAGAGGAAGCAAGACAAACAUCACGCAGGCCAAGCGAGGAAGCCCCACCAUACUACAGUGUGAAAAACAGUGUCAAGUCUACAUCCAGGGAGGAGGCAGCCCAAGCAUCCCACACAGACAAUAUAGAGGAAGAGAAACCCUAUAGUGUCAAGCCUACAGUUGUAUAUGACACAUAUGAUGAUUUUGAACAAAUUUAUUUGAGAAGACCACUGGAGAUAUCUCUAAGAAUGUCUGUUGGGGCAAAGAAAUCAGUAUUUGAACAAAGAAAUGGUAUCCCUGCAGCCUCACUAGGAGAUAAGAGUUACCAGGUCCCAGAAUACUCAUCUGACUUCCAUAAGCAGGGAAGUACAAGGCCUGUUGUUAACUUUGGAGGUUCUCUAAAAUAUGUUCCAGACACCUUUGUUCCUCUUCAAGAUUUGCCAUCUAGACCAAGAACCACUUUUGAAGAAAGACAGAAGAGAAAGGCAAAGAAAGAGGAAAUUGAGGAGGUUAAAAAUUUAGAUCAUUGGAGACCAGCUGAUUUCCUAUCACCUGUGUUGCAGCUUCCUGAAUCACAUGGAUGACAUACAGCAACCAAGAGUUAGCCUUAGAAUCAAAUUUCUACAACUGUAGCUGAUAAUGUAAGGUCAGGCUAUUCCCUUUAAAACUUUAGUUAUUGCCUUUAGCACAGUAGGGAAUUAAUGCAAAUUAGUGGAGAGCAAAGCAUAAAUUGAUAAUUGAUAUUCCACCCAAAAGUGAACUCUGACUGGCCUGUUCUUCUAAACACCAGGUUACAAAUGAUAAAGGCAAUCACUUGUUUCCGUGCAUUAGUCUCUGAAUUAUUCAUCCCAUGGUAAGGAUUAACUGUUUUUGGACAAAUGCUCUUCUGUAAAUAUACUUCAUGGUAAUGAUACAAAAAGGAGACAGUUCAAGAAAUCA